UCCCAAUGUCUUAGCUGGUUUGAACACUUGGAAUCGAUUGAACGUCCUUUUGUUGUUGUCGCCCUGUUUUAACUGCCAGGUCAGGGGCUGUUUCUGGUGUAGCUUUUGCUCCAGAUCGCGGCUCACGGCGCUCAGGGGACGAAUCCUUCAACGGCCCGCGAACCCGGUCUUCCGUGAGAGUCCGCCCCUGCGAUAUUUAGGGCCCCUCGUUCACCGUGACCGUGAGCACUUUUAGUUCCCACCUGCGAGAGCUGCGCGGUAUCAGUUCUUCACAGAAUCCGUCGGCAAUGUGAUAGAUUGGGGUUUCGGAGCAGCCGAGGGCAAUUCAGUACACAAACUGCAGGGAAGCGUCGGCUGAUUCACUGCUCAACAUAGCGUGGCUUGCGCAAUGGGCUGGAGAUAUUAUUUCCUGUAUUAUUUCAUUUGGAAUGUACAAUACCUCGUGUCUGCACAGACCAUUUCUAAACACCUGGGAGAAUCUUUGAUCUUUCCUCUUGGCAUAGAGAGGGGAAACAUCUCUGACGCGAUAGUAAAGAAAAACGGCGUCUACCUUUUCAGGUGGAAAAGAAAUGAGGUGAAUCGGGAGUAUGGCGACAGGUUGACAUUUUCCCAGAACAAGACUCUACAGCUGGACAAGCUUGAGGAAAGGGAUGCUGGAGCUUACACGGUGGAGCUGUUUGAUAUGGCAGGCAUACGGACACCCAAGGAGAUCACCGUAAUCUUGAAGUGUCUGAAGACGCUCCGCGAGGUCCACGGAGAUUUGGGCGGCCCCGUAGACGUCUUUGUGGAAAACCUCAUGGCAUUCUCGGAGCCUUUCGACGCCGUGUGGGAAAUCAACGGCUCGGUGAUCGCCCGGCUGAACCGAUCGGGGCCUACGUACUCUGAGAAGCCUGGGGGUCGCGUGGAGAUGUCCCCCUCGGGAGAGUGCAGGCUGACCAGGGUACGCAUCAGCGACGCGGGGAACCACACCCUGGAGGUCUCCGUUGGAUAUCUCAGGCUCCGAUGGUCGCGCUGGCUGGUCGUCAGAGUGCCACAGCCGUCCAUUGACUACAGCUGCCUGUUCGGCGGAAAGGCGAAGUUUCGCUGUCGGGCAAAGUGGGAGGUUCCCACUGUGUGGAUCUUAAACGGGACGGGGCAGGGGGACAGGGCGCCGGGGCAUAACGACCAGGUUUUGGACCCCUUCACCGGGGAACUGAUCUGUGCACUGGAGGACUACCCUGACAGGAAUGCAUCUGUGUCAUUUACGUGCAUAGGGCUCGACCUGGCGACCACAGCCUACAUCCUUGCAGUCUGCUGCACUUUUAUUAUCGUGCUGAUUCUAUCUUCGGCUGAGUUUUAUAUACGUUUCAAGCAGCGAAGGCGGAACCAAAGCCUCCAGCCGACUGCCAUGGUUCCUGCGGAAGACAUUUACUACAGCGAGGCGAUUUACGUGGUCGUUUCGCGUAUGUUUCAACCCCCGCCACCCUCUGCCCAGGAAAAGGCCAGUUACCGAAUCAGCCAGCCAGUGGAAAUGUCCACCUUAAUUUACAAACCUUCCAGGGGGCAGUAAUGAGAUUAAUACACUGUGCCAACAGGGGCCGAAAUGAACUCCCAGCUCCCGCUGUGUAUGUGUAUAUUGCAUGUAAGAUAGCAUGCCAGAGCAACAAUAUGAUAACGUUGAAAAUCCAAGUACAUCAAACUUCACGGAAUGUAUUGUACAUUCCAGAAUGUGGACGUGGCCUGGGCAGAAUAUCAUUGGCUGUAGUGGUAUCCGGUGAAGAAGAGUUCAUUUAGAAUUUAAGGUUUGUUAGGUGAGACACGACAAAUAUUUUGGGCACCAGCAACCUCUCUGGUUGAUCAGCAGCCAUUCUGGCCAAUCAGAAGCCCCACUGAUUCAGCAACAAACCCCCUCGGGCCAAUCAGCUGUGCCGGGGAAUCCUCUAUGAGAGUGCAGGGCCGGGUGUAGCAUUCCACAUUUUUAUAAAAAACACUGCUGUACUCUUUCAUGAGGGGAUGCUGGCUAAUGUUUCCUCAUGCCAGCAGUGUAUAGCAAAUUAAAUAUGUAGUACUAACGUAUGUUUGUGACUGAGUAAAGUGUUUAGAUUAAAUGAGUUGAGGAAAUUGGAAAUUGAGUGUUGAGCCUGCAUCACAUUCUGUGAUUGUCAUAUGAUGUGUGCCAAGAUUUGUGUGAUUAAAAAUUUGUUGUUAGAAAAUGAA